UGUUCUAUUUCUCUCUCGGUGGUUUCCAGUGACGUCAAAGUUGGCCGGCAUUUUGGAUUUCUGGGCUGAGAGAAACGGAAGGAUUUCCCUCAGAUUUCCCCUAAAAAUGUCGUCUGGAGAAAGCUACGCAGACUUCUUGAACAACAGGAUCAGAAGUUACAAGCAUAAAGGCCGCGAUGCUGAGGCUAUGAGAAGACAGCGGAAUGAAGUAACUGUUGAACUGAGAAAGAAUAAGAGAGAGGAACACCUGCUGAAGAGAAGAAAUGUGCCAAGGAUAGACAGCUCAGAGUCUGAGGAAGGAGACAAACCCCUGACAAACCAAACGUUGGCCGAGAUCGUACAGAACGCCACCAGCACAGAUGUGUCAGUCCAACUGACGGCAGUGCAAGCUGCAAGGAAACUGUUGUCCAGUGACCGCAAUCCCCCGAUCGAUGACCUGAUCAACUCUGGCAUCCUACCCAUCCUGGUCCACUGUCUCAACAAUGAGAAUGCCUCCCUACAGUUUGAGGCUGCCUGGGCCCUCACCAACAUCGCAUCAGGAACUUCCCAACAGACCCAGGCUGUAGUUAACGCAGGUGCUGUGCCCCUGUUUCUGGGGCUGCUGGAGUCUACUCAUCAAAACGUCUGUGAGCAAGCCGUCUGGGCGCUAGGCAAUAUCAUUGGUGAUGGUCCGCAGUGUCGGGACUACGUCAUCAGUCUGGGUGUGGUCAAGCCACUCCUGUCAUUCAUCAAUCCCACAAUCCCCAUCACCUUCCUGAGAAACGUCACCUGGGUCAUAGUCAACCUGUGUAGGAACAAGGACCCCCCUCCCCACAUCGACACAAUACAGGAAAUUCUCCCUGCGCUGAACGUCCUGAUUCACCACACGGACAUCAACAUCCUGGUGGACACGGUCUGGGCGCUGUCGUACCUGACCGACGGCGGGAACGAGCAGAUACAGAUGGUGAUCGAGUCCGGCGUAGUGCCCUUCCUCGUACCACUGCUCAGCCAUCAGGAGGUCAAGGUUCAGACUGCUGCCUUGAGAGCAGUAGGGAACAUUGUCACCGGUACAGACGACCAGACGCAGGUGGUGCUGAACUGCGGCGUCCUGGACCACUUCCCCGCUCUUCUCAACCACACCAAGGAAAAAAUCAACAAGGAAGCUGUCUGGUUCCUGUCCAACAUCACGGCCGGUAACCAGCAGCAGGUACAGGGUGUGAUCGAGGCCGGGCUCAUCCCCAUGAUCAUCCACCACCUGAGCCGAGGGGACUUCCAGACACAGAAGGAGGCGGCCUGGGCCAUCAGUAAUCUCACCAUCAGUGGCAGGAAGGAUCAGGUCCAGUACCUUGUGGACCAGGCGGUCAUUUCUCCCUUCUGCAACCUGCUGAGUGUGAAGGACACCCAGGUGAUCCAGGUGGUCCUGGACGGGAUCAACAACAUCCUCAAGAUGGCCGACAACGUGGAGGCCAUCGAGACGCAGAUUGAGGAGUGCCACGGACUGGAUAAGAUCGAGGCUCUCCAGAAUCACGAGAACGAGGACAUCUACAAGCUGGCGUACGAGAUCAUUGACCAGUACUUCAGUGCGGAUAUUGAGGAGGAUCCUAGCCUGGCACCCCAGGCGUCCACUGAGGGCUUCCAGUUUGACGGUAACACCAACAUACCUGCCGAAGGAUUCAAGUUUUAGGCUAAGAACAGAAUCCUCUCCUCCAAGACAUGCUCUGGCAAGUGUGAUGAUAACGAACCAUCCUUUGGCCACUUUGAAAUGAUAGUUAUAACUGGUUAUAACUUUCCAGGGUUUGAAACUAAGCAGACCAUUGAUCGUAAGCAGGGUGCUAAUUAACUAUUGCAGCCAGUUUUUUUUUUACUAAAAAGAACAUUGAAAUCCCAUUCAGAUUAGAGAUUUUUUUGUGCAAGACCUAAAACAGAUUUUUCUCAUGGACAGAGAGUUACAGAUACAUGUAAGUGUCUGCAAGAGGUGAUUCCUCUUCUCCUAUACAAUGUACAUGAGACACUGGGCCCUGGCUUUGGUUGCUACAGUAAAACAGCUAAGUUGCCAGGCAAUACAGUCAGUUUCAAGCCCUGGAACAGUGACUUAAGCUCGAUAAAGAAGAGUAAGGAAAUAUUUCAAGCAACAGACUUUGUGUGCAGGUUACACAAGUUUGCAUCAAUGUUUGUGAUAGAAAGAGAGAAAAAAAAGAAAAACUCCGGCAGAAUUCUUUGUUCCUGGAUACCACCUAGUUUCUUUGACGCAUGUAAGAUAUGUCUAGUAGAAUCAUGGACCCAGGAGCAAAGAGACCUGUGUAGAUAGGGUCUUAAAGGGUUUCUGGAAAGAAGAAACCAGUCAUUAACACUGGACUGAGUCUUUCCAGAAAACCCCUAUAGGCCCACUUACCUAAAAAACUCUUUGGAAAAAAAAGAACCAAAAAAAUUAAGUCAAGCAAAAUGGUGCAAAAUGUAUCGACUCAAACAGUUGAAAAAAAUAUUUAUAGCCAAUUUGGACUUAUUGUUGCCUGUGAAUUGUAAAUUCCUAAAUUUAUGAGAAUGAAAAUGCAAACAAGGUAUGUUGCAGCAAAAUGUAGUCGUGCUUCAUCGCUAAACGGUUGAGAACAAAAAAUGGUGUGACUUACUAGUGUGCUUUAUACUCGUGCACAAAGGAGUAGGUUUGUGUUUUGUGCAUAGCUUGGAGAAUUCUUAGGCUUAAAGUAACUGUUAUACAGACCAUUGACAAAUCAUCGGGUUGGAGGGGUGAUGAUCAUGAUGUAUUUAUUGUGGCAUUUCCUUGGCCGCAUCCGUCAGAAAAGAAAUUUUUAUCUAUUUUUAAAAGUUUUUCUAAAUUUGUAAGUGAGAAUGUAGCUCGUAGGGAAAAAAAGUCAGUCAGUCCCCCCCAUUCUUUAACCUGAUGGUUUGUCAGAAGACACAGUGCUAGUCAGCUAUUGUAUGUAGGAUGCCCAGCUGUAUAGGAUAUUAUGAUACUCCCUAGCAUCUGUCUGAUUAGCAUAUAGCAGCCUGGCUUUGCCUGGCGAUCUGAGAUAUAGCUCCAUGGCAUUUUCAGGACAACGUCUGUAUGAUAAUCUCCACUCCAGUAAUGUACACACACUCAAAACCAACAGAAACUUCUUUUGUUUAGUGAGGUAGAGCCAGCAUUCAGUCUAACCAAUUGGUCCACAUUGGACAAUCGAAUGCCAUUUGCUUCAGCAAAAUGUCACAGUUUGGCUAGCAAUGGGAAAAAUGGUACGUUGUUUGUUGUCUUCAUGUGAAAGGACAACUCUUAUGUUUUUGCUGCUUUUAAGAUAUUGUAUGAAAACGGUAUGUGGAAGUAUGGGUAACUUUUUGGCAGUUUUGUAUGCAAAAGAAAAAGUACUUCAAUGCUGGUGUUCUAUAUUCACAUAUGUGGUUACCAUAGCAUUUGUAUACAUUGUCAUGGCAACCACAAAUCAUUUAUAUGGCAACCAACCAUUCUGAUCAGUGCAGUUAACAUGAUCUACAAACCUGUUUCAUUUACUAGAUACCGAGGUCACAAGUUUUAUUUCACAUAAGAUAAAGCCAUGUACAUGUUAAUCAUAUGAUAGAAACUUUGUAUAUACAGUACUAUGAGCCAACCUCAUUAAGCAAAUAGCAUCCAAAUUCUAUGUGUGUAUCUGUACCUACCAUUGAGAUAUGGUAGGGGUUUAGAGUUUCAAACUUUGGUGGAUGGCAAGGCUCUAUGAUAAAGUAGAGAGAAAUGCUGCCUAGCAUGUAUCGACUGUCAUGUUUGGUAAAAUUGACUUUCAAAAAAAGGCAUUUUUGACUGUUGUUGACGAUGCUACUGAUUUGCUGGCAAAAGUGUGGAAUUGUAGUGUUUGAAAAUGAACAUGUAUUACCAAAUUUGUACAACAAGAGACUCCAUGCACAUUGAAAUGACUGGCUUUUGUGAUGCCAUGAACCACAUAGCCAAUGGCUGUUGAGGAUUGGUGAUUAGAUCAUAGGCUUCAGAAUAAUGGACAACAUUGUGUGCUUCCAGUCAAGAUCUGGUUGUACACACCAUAUGUUUACCAGACACAAAAAUGUUUACUAUAAUCACAGUAGUCUUAAUUUUCAGGACAAAUAUACGCUAGAGGAACACUUAUUGUAAACAGAGCUAGAAUUGGUCUGAACAGGAAACAUACUAAGUUCUAAAUAAGGAUUCCUGAUAUUGGCACAGGGUGUUGAUUAGAAUGCAUUUGUUGUAAUCUAAGUUGAGCACAUAUUUAUUGGUAUGAAUUCAUAUUACAUUAAUUUUACAAGUCGUAAAGUGAAAAUGCACAAUUCUCUGAUCAGUUGCUGUAUUCUCCAAAGCCACUCCAUGGGUGCAGCUUGGUUCUAUAUGGAGUAAAAUUAAGUUGAAAUAUCUCACUUACAAUUAUGCUGAAUGUUUUAAGCAGAAUGAUUUUGUUUCCCAAGGGCUAACUUACCAAUUAUCACAUGUAACAUUUGUUUUAUGCUGACUCCUGAUUGGUCAGUUUAGAUAAUUGACACAUUUAAACUGGCCAAUCACAGCCUUUUGUGAUUAGAUGGUCCAUAUGUAACCCCUAAUAGUAGGAAAGUCAAAUGUAACCCUACCAAAAGUGCUAGAUGGUGCCCCUUAUAGUUACUUUUAAGUUUAUUACUACUAGUGAAGAAUUGGUGUCUACAUACUGCUGCAUAGGCUGUUUUUGAUCAAACCAAUUUUUUUUCUUGGUUCUAACAUUUUUUUUCAGCUUGAAAAGGAGUGUAAUAGUAAGUUAAGAGUAAAGCAUUUAUGUUACUUAUAUACAUAUCCUGUCGAGACUAAUUGUUCUUAUCAUUUAUACAAACUGUAUAAAUUUUGGGCUUGUUUCUCUUUUGCUUUGAUCCAAGAGAAAGAAUUGUACUUACAUGAUACAUAUAUGUGCCCAUAAGCAUUCAGCUCUGGAAUGGAGGCAGCGAUAAGUAGGUUUCUUUUUUUAGACACUGGAGCAUACCUCAAGAAAAGGGGGGUAUGCUUGUGUCGUAAAAAUGUGAUGUAAAUUUCGUACGUUCUUGUUUUGUAGAGCGGGAAUUCUCUUGCGGUAUUGGCGUCCAAGACUCAAUUCGAACAUGACAUGCGAAAGAUUCUAUACCUUCCUCCCAGAGUUGGACAAACUCUCCGUAUUGUAUGAAGAAUUUACUACAAGCAAUAUUUCAUUGUAACACUUAGUUUUUAGUUAGGUAAAGGUGUUAUUAGUUUUGUAUGUAUGUUGAUGGACGUCACUGGGCCAUUUUAGCAUUCAGGUGAACUUUUCAGACUCUUGAAAAGUAAAAAAAAAGGACAUGUACACCUCAGUACAAGGUAUCUUUGCAAGGUUUUGCUUGCACUCUUUGCCGUUUUGGCCUGUAUUAUAAUAUAUAUAUGUUUUAAGAAAAUGUACAUGUACAAGAGUCAUCAGCAACUAAGUGUGCAUAUUUUUUAUAAUCAUUUUUUUUUCAAAAGUGAAGUAAAAUGUUCCAGUGAUGUUGUUAUUAUGGUGUUACAACUUGAGAUGUAUUGUUGCUCUUAUAGCCUGACCCUCCCUGUUCUGAUAAUCAAAUAGUCCAAAUUCUGGCCUAAAUAGUGCCUCAGAAAUUGUAAAAAAAAAAAAAAUAGUGGAACAUACUAUUACGUGGGGGAGGAGAGGGUUGGGUGACUGAAGCUUUGUAGCUUUAGAUUUUGUAUUCACUAGCCUAAUAACUCGUAUGAAGUGGUAACUUCGAUAAAACGACAAAUUUCUCUGAUUCAUUAGAAACGUUAUUUGGUCAAAAAAUGCCAAAGAUCGCAAACAGCAGUUGAACUGUGUGUACAACGGGAACUGUCAGCCAAAAUUUUAUAUAGGACCGUCACAAAUCAUUUACUACCAGUGUUUGUGAACCAUAGAGCCGAAAACAAGUGUUGUAUACAUGCUGGUAGGAUGUCCUUUACGAUUUGUUCUAUGCAAGUUACCAUUUUUCUGUGUACAUGUACAUGGCCGUUCACGUCGGAGGCAGGUAAUAACAGGAAAUGGAGUUGGUGCCAUCUCGGCAUGGGGCCAGCUUCAUUCUGCAAGUAUCA